AUAUUAAUUUUUAAGAUUUUGUUAAAAAAUUUGUUUUUAUUUAUUGAAUUUGUUCUUUACAGAAAUUCCGGCACUAACUUAAAGUUUAGUGUAAUUUUCGUGUAAUUUUUAGUAGUAAAUAAUAGAAAACGCUAAAUUGUGAAGUAAAAAAAAAACGUAUGAAGUAAACGCUUAAAUUCAGUGAAAACAUCAUAGAAUCAAAAUAAGUAUAGAUCUCUUAAGGAAAAACGACUUCAUGGCUAGAAUUGGAAACGAUGAAUUGCUAGAACGAUGAGUAGAACCAGCUCAACCGCUCAAGUAACGGUUAGUUUGAGAACAAUUCUUAAUAUUUUCAAAACCCCUUUCCAGAACGCCGGUGGAAUGUCGGAAUGGAAAUUGUUUAAUAACGCUUCUUGAAUGCGUCAUUAUUGAAAAGAUUAAUUUACAGUGUUCGUACUGGUAGUUUAUAUCUGUAUGCAUUAAGCAAUGCAACAUAUCUUACAUGUUGCAUCUCUUAAUAUUAGUUUUAACCAAACAAAAAAACUUUUUUUUUGCCACUUACACCAGUAAUUUCGAGAGGUCAGCUUUUCGCAAGAAAUAAUCGAAGUGUUCAAGUUGGCUAAUUCGACUGCAAUACAUAAGCGAAUUCUAUUCAGCACACAAAUCUCAACACAAAUAUAAAUCGAUAAUUGUUUGUCAUGCAUAAAACGAACCCCCAAAUAUUUAACUAUAUUGAACUCACUCGGCUACCGCGUCGUAAAGCUCAGACAGUUGCCCAAACACCUCCUCGGGGUCCUCUUGUGCAUAAUCCCAGUCAACCACUUGUUGUCGCUUUAGUCUAUCGGCUUGCUUUUGGAGAUGCGGUAACGUUAUACUUUCUACGACUGACACUUUCCUGCCCUUCACAUGGGCUUUCACGUACCGAGUCUUCAUAUGUUUCCACCGAAUGUUGAACAUAAUCGUUGUCGAUGAAACUGGUCGCCACAAACUGGCUUGAAACAUAACCCGAGCUGAAGCUAGUGGCCCUGAGAAUGUGCCCAUGGGUUAUGCUGUAUGUUUAGUAUCUAACAAAAUAAUAAAGUCAGCGUGCAACUAUAGUGAAGCUAUUACGAUUGGACUUCAAAUAGCUUUUGUCUAGGUGCGCAUUUCCAGCGCAGAAAACAGGCACACAGCGUGUUCGAAUCGGAAGUCGUGUGACCAGGAUAAGGUCUACCCGAUGGUCAAUAUCAAAACAUGGUUUAUUUUUUACGUUGUAAGUAUGCAGAAUAAUUCCGUCGUUUGUUGCUGCUCGCGCAUUUCAGCACACCUAGAAUUUUAUGCUUUGAAUGAUGUUUUAUCACACCUAGAUGCUUAUUUAACGUCAGACAGCCAUUUAGCUCUGACUGCUAUCUGCAUUACUCUUAAAGGCUGCAACGCAUCUAGAGAUUCAUCCGCUGCUUUUCACAUGUCUCUUUCCCCUUUAUGUAGACAUCUACAAAACACCUGCUCCGUAUCUGUUUUUGUAAGCCAUCUACUGUCAGACUCUUUCCACCAAUUGGGACUCCACACCUUUUGAAAGUGUCUCUCUUAACCUCACAGGUGGCCCUCUCUGCAAAGAGUCGUCUGCUUGACACAGUCAUUGUUUUACCCGAGGGGUCGAUCAAAUCUCCGGCGGAGUGUUGUGGAGAAAAAGGGCCCUCGUGAGCAAUGUUUCUGCUUGUGUAUAGUUCUUUGUGAUGGUAGAAGGCUUAGUGAGCUUUUGCUAUCGUCGGUACAUGGGAGAGUAACUAAGUGAAAGGGGGAUUGUCAUUACAGAGCUGCUGGCGGACUUAGUGAUCUGGCUGGUUACAACCAAACGGUAUAAUUUCUACUGUUACUAAGCUUCUACGCUCUGCGCUAGUGCGGACGAUACGAUGGCGUAGAGAUGUGUGUGUUGGUACGUCAGCUCAAGUGGUUUUACUGUGGUUCGAACAUACGACUAGCAAUCUCUGAAAAGCUCUCGUUUUCCGGCGCUCCAUUUGUACUCAUGAGAAGAAUUUCGCCGAACGACUGAACUUGAGUGUUCGCGAAAUGUCUCUGUAGAGCAUACACAUGGAAUCAUAUGAUCGUGAUGGAGAAAAUAGUUGAGCGCCUGGAGAAUAACAAAGACAGCUGGUAGUGAACGAUUGGUGUCGCGAUGAGGUACAACAUGAAAGAGCUGAUGGCAGUGGCCUCACAGCCCGCCAUCAAGUUCGAUAAAGAGGGAGUGUUAUUCUUCAAAGACAAGCAAGAUGGAAUUCUCUUUCGAAAAAGCGAUGUGUACACGGAGCGAUGGUUUAGACUAAAGGGCAAUCUUUUAUUUUAUCUACGUAACCGAGAUCCGUGUUCGGAGCCACAAGGCCUAAUUGUACUGGAGCAUUGCCACGUGGAAAUGGGACCCCGAAAUCAAACGAUGUUUUGCUUCUCGUUAGUGUAUAACAUGGAAGACCAUAUUUACUUGGGCGCAUUGUCUGAGGCCGAGCGUGACUCGUGGAUGCACGCAUUCACAAGUGCUUCGAUAGAAAACCUUCGACGAACCGCGGAAGAGCUGCGGGCAGGGUUGGCCUUGGCCCAAGAAGGCCCGCUCACCAAGAGCUCGUCGCCUCAACCAUCGGAUAGUAGCCAUUACGGAUCGGAGGAAUGUGCUGAUGAGCUGCGGCCGUUAUUAUUGGAGCUCAGUUGCGACAACCUUCGUUGCGAUCAUUCUGGACGGCCGCCAAACUCAAUGCUUGUUCUCAUGGGCAGCCUGGCACCUGCUAUUUGGGACACCUGCGGACACACAGAGGUCGUUGAGCGUUCAUCGAAUCCAACGUAUCUUUUGAAUGUCGAACUUACUGGACGAUUUUGCACUACGUCAAGUUCAAUCCGUGUAUGUUGUUACGAUGUAAAGGAGCGCGUUACGAAAACGAAAUCAUUCAUCGGGUGUGCUUCACUUUCCCUACGAUCACUCACAAUGCCAUCAGAUAAUCAACCCCGGCUGCCGCUCAUAUCACCCGAUCAUGAGACGGUUGGGUUUGUCACUAUUGCAGCACGCACCGAUUUUUCGUCAUCAACGUUUAAGGAGCGUAUUUCUCGGAGCGGUCUUUUUGAGAAUCUGUUCUGUACAAUGUACCGUUUUCACACAGGACUUGGGGCACAUCUCAUUGUUUCGGAAAUUAUGGCCGAAAGCAGAUUAUCGUUUACAAUACCCCAACUUCUGCUAAAUUUAUGGAUGACAGAAGAGAAACGAUUGCUGGAGAUUGUUCUUUCCAUGGAGUCAGCUACUGAAGGCGAGUGGAGGUCGCUACAGUCCAUUGCAGUACGGCGUCACAUGCAUCUCAUUGAGACAUACCAUAAAGCUUCUGAUACACUCGCCGAUUAUUGCGGCAGUGCUUUCAAGACUAGCAUUAUGAAGGGAGACAGACCAUUUGAGUUUGUACCUGUCAAUCUGCAUCUGCAAAGAAUGGCAGUACGCCAGCAUAAGAACAAGGAUGUCUGUGAUUACGAUGUCGUCACUGUUGGCGCGUUUACGGCAUAUCCGCAUAAGUACGCGCAUGGAGGUCUUCAUCGCCAGUUGAAGCAGUUGAAGGGUAUGCAUUCGACGGCGCAAGCCCAGAAUGCUGCUAUGGACGCUUCGUGGGAGGCUCAGUCAAUUCUGGGGCCUGAUAGGCUGUCACAGAUGGCACAGAGUAUAUUGACAAUCGAGGAGCUUCGGGAAGACAUUGAGUCGAGCCUCGAAAGCCUCUUAUAUAAUGCGCAACUGCGAAACGUACACGUCAUGAUGACGCUGGUCGAAAAGAUCAAUGUAAAAGCAAAAAAACUCUCGGUUUCCUGUGAAAAAUCCUUGAUUGAAGAGGCGCUUGCCAUUUGGGAUACAGCGCGCUGCACCGGUUCGACCGCCGAGCUGCGAAAGGCUCUUCCACUCAACCUGAUGGAUGCUGGCCCUCCAUCGUUAAACCGAAAUAAAUCUGCUUCGCUUCCACGUCAGCUCUGUUCUUCAAGCGGAGGCUUCACUCUCAAGGAUAUUAGCGACGAUGAGGAUGAUGAACAAGACAACAAACAGGAUGAACGAGACUUCAAUAGCGGAAGCACGACCCUGCAGAAUGCGAGAUCUACGCCCACACCGCGUAGCCACACGCCAGUCCAAGACCUUUGCGAGGAUUUCGAACCGUUGGAUAUUACAUCGUUAAACAUUCGAGCAUCGACAAUGUGUAUGACAACCAAAGUGUACAAUCUAAACCAGCAAGAAGAGUAUUGGGCUGAAGAACUGCGACCGAGUGUCCGUAAACUCCGAAGCGCAAUGCAGACGCUGGAUAGGAUCGCCCGGGUUACCUAUGGACUGCUCUCGCUCAAGGAGCCAUCACACACUGCUUCUUUAAGCUACAGCGUAAGAUACCGGCGCGACGUCUGUUUCGCUCAGUCGCUCACGGCUACUGUCGUAGCAUUGCAGGCCAAAUUUUGGUGCCAGAGUCCAGAUCAGGUUUUGCUACGGUCACUCGGUUCAACCGGAAGUGCUCUAGCGACUUUUGCGUCAUACCUUAGUUGCUACGGGGACGAACGCGGAAUGAUGGAAGAUAUGCUUGUCGCUGUAAAAGAUCUUCGGAACGUCACAUUUAUUAUUGAAGCCUUCAGUAGCAAGGUUGGGCCUGGACCACGUAUUGAAGGAAGCAGAGUAAAUUUACGGGUAGUUUUGCCUGUGCCAGAUUCAGUGAUCGAGUCGGCUGCAUUUCUCAAUACAUCUUUAGACAAUACGAAGUUCCGCUUGCAAUUUGGUCUGACCCCAAUCUACUUCAAUGUCGGCAUCAAUGAACAAGCUACGAUUGCCGAAAAGCUGGGGAACAUUGAUUUGCAAGAACGCAUCAAUACGGGCGGCGCAGAAUUACUUGUUGGCUAUAUGCGACGCUUCCAACGCUGUCAGGUCAAGGAGAACAUUGAAUUGCAAAAGUUGGCCGAACUACUCGAUAAUCAGCUCUCCACUCGACGAAACAAAAACGUUGACGUACUGCACACAGCUAUGAGAAUGUGUCGUCUAAUGCACGGGCUGCGCAUGACGUCCUGCAAAAGUGCCAAAGACCGCACAGGCAUGUCGGUUACGCUGGAACAAGUUUCAAUAUUGGAGCUCGAUCACAACUUGGCUGCCCAUCAAGUGUCACAUGCUCUCCAGUGUAUGCGCAGUGAGGGCUCGCGGCUGCAAAACUGCUUCAAAAACAUCGGAUCACCGAAGUACGCUAUCAACACAUUACAACUUAUGCAUAUGCCAAAGAUGUAUCGACCACCAGUCGGUACCUUUGGAUAUGGGGAUACUUAGUCAUCAAAAGUCAUGAAAUUUAAUAGAGCGAAUACAUUGCCUUUUUAAAUCUACAUGAGAACCGAAGAAGUUAUUAAAAAAAAAAAAAAACU